CACCUACAUAUACGCACACGCGCUAGCUGGUAAGUGUAACUACUCCUACCACCUCCUUCACUUGCACAGACUCUGAAACUAAAUUCAAAGAGGUCAGCAGAAAUGGCGAAGCAAGACUCCCAAACUGAAGGAAUUUCAAUCGAUUCUGAUCUUAUAAACUUCUUAAACGCCUCUCCUACUGCAUUUCACGCCAUUGAUGAGGCAAAGAAGCGAUUGAAACACUCGGGAUAUGUUCAAGUUUCAGAGAGAGAUGACUGGAAGCUUGAACUCGGAAAGCGAUAUUUCUUCACUAGGAAUCACUCUACUAUUGUUGCUUUUGCCAUUGGUAAAAAAUAUGUUGCUGGCAAUGGUUUUUAUGUUGUGGGUGCUCACACUGAUAGUCCUUGCAUAAAGCUGAAGCCUGUUUCCAAGGUAACAAAAAGUGGGUACUUGGAGGUUGGAGUUCAGCCAUACGGAGGUGGUCUGUGGCAUACAUGGUUCGAUCGUGAUUUGGCUGUGGCAGGACGGGUGAUAGUAAGAGAAGAAAAGCAUGGCUCUGUUUCCUACUCACAUCGACUAGUCAGAAUUGAGGAGCCUAUUAUGCGUGUCCCUACCCUGGCAAUCCACUUAGACAGGAAUGUGAACACUGAUGGAUUUAAGGUGAAUACACAGAGUCAUCUUCUUCCUGUUUUGGCAACUUCAGUUAAGGCAGAGCUUAGUAAAGUGGUUGCUGAAAAUGGUACUGUUGGAAAUGAUGAAGAAACUGAUGGGAUGAAAUCCAGUAAGGGAACAACUAAUGCAAACUCAAAGCAUCACUCACUGCUACUGCAGAUGAUUGCAGGUCAGAUUGGAUGCAAUGGUAGUGAUAUAUGUGACUUCGAAUUACAAGCAUGUGAUACUCAACCAAGUGUAAUAGCUGGUGCUGCUAAAGAAUUCAUUUUCUCUGGAAGGCUUGAUAAUCUCUGCAUGUCAUUUUGCUCUCUCAAAGCACUGAUAGAUGCUACAGCUUCAGACAGCCAUCUUGAGAAUGAGAGUGGUGUUAGAAUGGUAGCAUUGUUUGAUCACGAGGAGGUUGGGUCUGAUUCAGCUCAAGGAGCUGGAUCUCCUGUCAUGUUCGAUGCUCUAUCACGAAUCACAAGCACCUUCAAUUCAGAUUCUAAGCUGCUUCGAAAAGCAAUACAGAAGAGUUUCCUUGUAUCCGCUGACAUGGCACAUGCACUCCAUCCCAAUUAUGCAGACAAACAUGAGGAAAAUCAUCAACCUAGGAUGCAUGGAGGGCUUGUAAUUAAACACAAUGCAAAUCAGCGCUAUGCAACCAAUUCCGUCACCUCCUUCCUAUUCAAGGAGAUUGCAUCGAAGCAUAACCUUCCUGUUCAGGACUUUGUGGUCCGCAAUGAUAUGCCUUGUGGUUCAACCAUCGGUCCAAUCUUAGCAAGUGGUGUGGGGAUUCGAACAGUUGAUGUUGGUGCGCCACAAUUAUCGAUGCAUAGUAUCCGAGAAAUGUGCGCAGUCGAUGAUGUCAAGUAUUCCUACGAGCAUUUCAAGGCAUUUUUCGAAGACUUUUCUCAUCUGGAUUCUAAGAUUACAGUCGACAUGUAGGUCUCCUGGACGUCAUCUUUCUUGGGUGUUCCCAAUACUCAAAAUAAUAAAAGACUCCUGAUUUGCUUA